AUGCAGGACCGCUGCGGAGAGAGUAGUAGCUCUUCCGGAAAACGACGAGGCCACCUACCGCCUUUGGCCCCUCGCGAUUCACGACCUACGACAACUGGGAGAGACUCAUCGAGGACCUCUGUUUCUUCUCCUUCUGCUACGAAAAGCAGGCCUCCCAGGCUGUCGCAUCGCUCCAGAGCAGGGUGUUGGACUUGUCGUGGACGCAAGGUCAAAUGUAUGCUACUCUCGAAACGUUGUGGUGAGAUAUGUCGUCUGACUUUGAUAUUUGCAGGCGACGAGACUCAUCCCCGAUGCGGUCCAUGCACGAGACUGAAUCGCGAAUGCGACUGGGAUCACCGAUGGAACUUCAACGAUGCGACGACUUCAACAAAGGGCAAAUACUCCAAUGUGAAUACUUCUGGGAAUGCGGUGUGGGAUCCGAAUGCUCGCGGAAGUCUCAGCCUGUCGAUCACGAACUGGACACAUGAUGACUUGCCGGACUUUGCUGCUCUGACUUCAGACGAGGAUCGAGAGCGGAAAGCUGGGACUCGGAGACCGGGCACAUUUGCUGUUGUUGUGACUCCAGAGAGCUUUCAUGACCUGCCGGAGUAUGUUGCUCAGCAGAGGCAGUGUGGGAACAGAAGGACAAGUGGAGGUAGUGCAUCCUCUGCGAGUCCUCGUCGAGGAGGACACCGCAGCUCCAUGAGGCCGCUGCUCACGCCCGCGAGGACGAACCCGGACCCGAACAUCGUUGUUUUGGAGAGGUUUGAAGAUGUAUCGCCAACGUCAGCAGGACCUUUCUCUGCUUGCCCAUUCUCGGCGACGUCCUCUGAUCUUCACAGCCGAAGGGAAAGUCUUCCGGAGACCUUGAGAAAGCUAUCGAUUACCCCACCGCCAUACCAGUCGAGCGUUGGCACGGCUCCUCACACACCUGUCUUCCACCAGCAACAACGAAACGAGGACCACCUCGUCAAACACUUCCGUCAAUACAUCAUCCCACGUCUGGUACAGCCACAACAGGAUUCCCUUCCUGGCGUAAUCUCGCAAGGCUCAAUGAGAGGCGUUCUCGAAGUUGAAGCUACACGCUUCCCUCCGCUCCAUCACUCCAUUUGUGCUAUCAGUGCCUUGAACCUAGCAUACACUGGUCGUUCGUCUCUGGAAGAAGCUAUGCAACAUUACCACCAAGCCCUCGCCGCUUCAUCUACAGCUUCCACUCCGAGCGACCUUCUAUCUGACGGGGUAUUCUUCCGACACUUCCUGCUCUUUAUAUACGACAUCUGCAUUCCCAUGCAUUCUGACUCCGAUGACGGAACGGACAUGUGGGCAGAGCAUCUCAAUCAUCUCAGACGAAUUGCGAUGCAACGACACACCUCUGGUGCUCGCAUACCGUACGCUUUUCCCAUCUGGUCGAUCUGCGAGCUAGACAUGUAUGCCUGUCUGAUGGGGAGUGGAAACUGCGAGUUCCUCCGGACGAUCCUAUCGAACAACAUGCUCCCGCCUCUGGAGCAUCAGAUACCGCCCCUUGCGAACUCGGCACCAGGAACCUUUCUACCAGAAGAAUCGCCCAUGAUGAUGUCCAUCCUCUACCUCAACCAGGGUAUCAUACUCCGAACGGCCAAACUGGCACAAACGGCGCAGACAUUUCGAACUCCCGGUCAAACAGCUUCUCCCGGCGCGAGAGCACGCUGGCAAGCCACAGCGACCCAACUCCAAACCGACCUCAACACCUUCUGGUCCCAGAACUGCCCCGAAUUCCUCCUCAACCAUCCAGCAACCACCUCCCCCCUCCUCCCAGAACGCAUCCGCUACAUCUUCAUCUCCGCCACCCUCCUCUUCCACGCCAGCAUGCUCUACGCACGAACGUCCCUCUUCCCCUCGCAGUCCCUGAUCCCCUCCUAUCACGCAGCACAAGACACGCCCUCCCGCAUCGCUUCCAUCCUAUCCCUCACAUCUCCUCCCGUCAACAACAACAACACGACGACGACGCUCCCCCGCAACACUUCCACCUUCGCCCUCUUCAUCGCGGGCAUCGCGGCUCCCGACGCCGCGACGAAGAGGCUCUGUAUCGACGGCAUCACGGCUUUCGAGGGCAGAGGCAUCGGGCAGAAUACGUAUCGCACACGCCGAUUGCUGAGCGCCGUCGUCGAGGAGAGGCGAGAGGGCGAAUGGGUUGGCUUUUCCCGCGAGAGGGGCUUGGGCGUUCUGAGUUGUGGGUUGUGA